GUCCCAUCAUCGCCUUCCACCGCCAACACAUUGCAUGAGGUUGCCCCUCGCUCUUGCACCUUUACUACGCUCGACGACACCCCGAGCAUCUCCAAUCUCUCGUCAUCUCUACUGCUCCCACUUCACCACCGCCUCCCAGCUGGCCAUGAGCGUCGUCCAGCAGUCACCGCCCUCUGGCGAGUCUCCGUUCAAGAGGCAGAGGCUUGACGAUGAUGAGAGCAAAGCGGGCAGUGAGCAGCAGCAUCAGGCGCAGGCCUCAUCUUCUGCUUUGCCGGCUGCCGCAGGUCCAUCUGCCUCCGUAGCAGCCCCACCUCUCCCCAAUGGCCCUCGCCUAGGCAAGCCCCUCCCACCGGAGCUGGUCUCGUCGUACGACCCCUCCAACUUCCCCUCGGAGCUCCCCAAAUCUACUUCGCUCCUCAACUAUCGUCACGGCCUUUUUCUCGCCCCCAUGGUCCGCAUCGGUGCACUCCCCACGCGCCUCCUCUCCCUCGAGUAUGGCGCAGACCUAGUCUGGGGCCCCGAGAUCAUCGACCGUGCCCUCAUGGGCUCGGAGCGCAUUGUGGAUCCGCAAACCCAGGCAGUCCACUUCAUGAAGGACGGCAAAUCUGUCUUCUCUACUCAUCCCGUCGAGCGACCCUACGUCAUCUUUCAGCUGGGCUGCGCCACCCCCGCUUGGGCGUAUGAGGCAGUCAAGCUUGUAACGCAAAACGAUGAUGUAGCAGGCGUAGAUCUGAACUGCGGCUGUCCCAAGAACUUCUCCACCACAGGCGGAAUGGGUGCUGGUCUUCUGCCCCGCCCAGACCUGCUCUGCGAUAUCCUCCGCGCAAUGCGUCGCGCUGCCCCGCCGCAUGUCGCCGUCACCUGCAAGCUUCGCCUUCUCCCCACCGAGGAAGCCACAAAAGCCCUCAUUCGCCAAAUCUGUCGUACGGGCGCAGUAGAUGCCAUUACGAUUCAUUGCCGCACCAAGGAGAUGCGACCACGAGAGCCUGCCCUGCUCAAUCGCAUAUCUGAAGUGGUGGAUACGGUAUGCGAGGAGACGGGAGGGAAGAUGCCCGUAUGCCACAAUGGCGACUCGUGGUCGUGGAAGGAGGCGCAGCAGAUUAUGAAGGAUGGAAAGGUCACUUCGUCCAUGCUUGCACGAGGGCCGGAGAAGAACCCCUCUUGCUUCAGGGAGGGGGACAUGGCUUGCGUCGUGGACGAGAUUGUGCCCAAGUGGCUCAAGUACGCGGUCAUGCUUGACAAUCAGUCGGGCAAUACAAAGUACUGCCUCAAUACGCUCGACUGGAAUAGCAGCAGUGGAGGGAGGCGCGGUACUGAUGGAGCUUUGACGCGUCAAGAGAUUUUGAAGGUCAAGGAGGGGGUGGCGAGGGCAAAGACCAAUGAGGAGAUGUGUGCGGUAGACAGGUACAAGGGCAGGAUUGACGUGGGGAGGUGUAAGACUGACUGGAAGGAGUAUGUCAUGGGCGAUCUGGAGAAGGCAUUGGCGCAGAGACAGGAGAGGAGGGCGAGCGCACAAGCGAAUGAAGGAGAGGCGGCGGUAGAGGUAAGUGUGAACGGAGAGGUGGCGGGGGCUGCUGCGGAAGGAGUCGUGCCAGGCAAGGCAGAGGAGAACGCGGCGGAUGAGGCGAAGAAGGGAGGCGAGGACCCCGCCGUCGAGCAGCCUGCGCAAUAGAAGCCGGUGCGCAUUCAAUGUCACAUAACUCAUAUCCAGAUGCAUUUGCAAAGUUGCGAUGCGCGCGCAUGAAG